CUGCAUUCCAAACACUUAAAAGACGCACCCUCUCCCCUCAGCCCUCAAAUUAAGUGGACACUCUCCCCUCAGCCCUCAAAUUAAGUGGACACUUCUGAUGAUGUAUCAUGACGGCUGACGAGUUGACACUUGCAGGGCGAGGGAAGAAAUAAUUACAUUUAAAUUAACCGCUCUUGCCCCUUUUCAGUCAUCAUGGAACCACUGGUAGCUGUUGCGUGUGCAUUAUAUGAGCUACAGUCAAUUAUGAUUGCAUUUCAUAUCUUGGCUAGAAGACAAUGAAUGCAUCCCCAAACAUCGAAUGUCAGCCAUCCGACUAUAUCAGGAACAUUGAAAAUUACAAUGUAUAAAUGUGAUGUCAGGGAAAGUUGUAUGCGCAAGCUAAUGUUUCCAAAAGUUAACCAAACAAAAACAUAAUUACUUUUAUGAUACUUUGUUUGAGCCUUCAUGUGCAUUAGUAACACAAUAUAUAACGUAUUUACAAUUGUUUUUACUUACACUUGUUUGUUGACUUCUCCAUAUUAAUAUUCUCAUAUUCUCAUUAAUCAUCGCAAAUUGAAUUAUGGGCGUUUCAGGCCCCCGAGUGAACAUAAUUGUACACUCGCAAACACAAUCAAAAACGAGGGCUGAGGCACUUACGAUGCUAACUUCCCAUGCUUUGCUAAUCAUUUUGGAACGAUGACAAAGAUUGCCGCGGGGAUUCCCCCAAGGGCAUAAGGCGAGGGUUCACGUUAAACUACAGUAAACCAAGACCCACGGGAAACAAAGACUUAGGAUCAGGAAGUGGAAGCACUGUUUAAGUUUCCUCAAGAUGUAAACUAGUUGGAACAAUGUUGAAAGCCUACUAGGAGGAUGUGGCAGUGUUGGAUCGGCUCAGGGGUCCUCAGGAGGAGAUGGCGAGGCACUCUCAAUGAUGUCCUCUCCAAAUCUAACAUCUCUAUUUUACAAAGAGAUGUGAAUCUCAGCAGACUCGCAAGCAGAGUCCACACUUAUAGGAAGAUGAGCUCAUGUCACAGACAGCUGAGGCUUCCAGGAGAACUAUGGAGGAGGUUGAAAUCCUCCUCCUAUUCAGCCAGUGGAUUUCAUUCAAGAUUUUUUUGCUCCAGUCUAGUCCAUAAUCAAACAGAUCCCAUUGAGAUCCACAAGAAGAAGUUGACCUUAUGGUUCAGCCACCUACCUCAGGAAGAGAAGCAGUUCGGGGGCUACUUCACCCCCGAGACCAUGCACGUGGAGCCGCUCAUCCUGGAGAGGAAGCCAGAAGAUAGGAAAGGGCCCUUAAUCACCCCUCUCCUCAAGCCAUCCCAGGUCCCCCAGAGUGCCUCGGUCACCAUGGAGCAGCUCUUUGAGCCCACUCAGCAAGGAGGCAGGGAGCGGGGCCUUAACGUGCUGCUGUACGGGGCGGUCGGGACAGGGAAGAGCACAGUGGUGCGGAAGCUGGUUCUAGACUGGUGUGCCGGGCUCACUUUGACCCAGUUCAAACUACUGGUGCCCUUCUCCUGCGAGGACCUCUCCCAGUUAUCCAAGUCCACAUCUCUGAGAGACCUCGUCAGCAGGAAAUACCUGCACCUGAAAAAGAUCCCCAUGCUGAGUGGAGAGAACGACCAGGCCAAGGAUGUGCUGUUUCUGUUUAACGGCAUGGAGAAGAUGAAACUGGACUUCCGCAUUAGCUCCACAGAGCUGUGCAGCAACCCAGACGAGGCCCUCCCCUCCGGGGCAGUGGUGGUGAACCUGCUCAGGAAGUACCUGCUGCCUGAGGCCAGUAUUUUGGUCACCACAAGGUUGUCUGCCCUUGACCACAUCCCUACAAAGUAUGUGAAACGCUACGCACAGAUAUAUGGCUUUAAUGACCCAGAUCGCCAGCGAGCAUACUUCACAAGCCGACUGCUGCAACAGAUUGGAGAGAAGCCGAGAAACCAGGAGGCCCAGUCCCUCAUCGAGCUGCUUUACCUCAACCUACAGAGGGAGAGCCAGUUGGCGGCCGCCUGCUUUUUACCUUCCUAUUGCUGGCUGACUUGUGCCAUACUCCACUUUUUACAUUUCACCGACGCCCAGGCACCCAUACGUACGCUAACUGGUAUCUAUACCAGCUUUCUGAGACUCAACUUUGGAGGGGAGGUGCUGGACAUGGGUGGGGCUGUAUCUUCUCCAGAUGACCAGAACUCAUUGAUGCUCUAUGUAGUCCGCACUGUGGGCAAACUGGCCUUUGACGGAGUCUCCAAAAAGCGCACUUCCUUCUCCGAGGAGGAACUGGAACAGUUUGUGGGGGGUAAGACCAAAACAGAUGAGGAACUGCGUCAGCUGGCCGUGUUCCGCACUGACGUCCUCGACUUCUUCCUGGUGCCCUGCGUCGAGACCAAAAGGUCAGAGCUUGAUGAAAAGGAGAAGCGCUACGUGUUUGCCAUUCCCGCCAUGCAAGAGUACCUGGCUGCCCUGUACGUCGUCCUCGGCGAGAACAAGACGGCUCUGGAGAAACUGAGCAAAGAGGUGACCGUGGUCAUCGGUCAAGUGGGUGAAGAUGUCAACACGCUCAUCAGCAUCAUCUCCAAGUUCAUCCCCCUCAGGGUCUUUGCUGUUUUCAACCUGCUCAAGCUCUUUCCCAGCCUGUUUGAAAAGAUCAGCAGCCGCAGCAAGGGCCGCAUCGCCCGCACCAUGGCGGCAGAGAUGUUCCGCAGCGAGGACAGCUUCAACGAGGACGUGCUGGACCAAGUGGAGCAGAGCCUGCUGGGAGUUCAUGGCCCCCAGCCUCAGGAGCGCCUGGACAGCCGGGCCUUCGAGCUCUACCCCAUCUUCAUGGGCGGCCUGCUUCACUACGAGAACCGGGUUCUGCUGGAGCAGCUGGGCUGCAGCAUCAAGAGCACCACGGUGGCUCAGAUCACACGGACCCUCAAGAGGCACUUGGCGGCAGAGAUCGUGAAGUGGCAGCCCCCCGAGGAGCUCAUGGACCUGCUGGUGCUCCUCUACGAGUUCCAGAAUCCCCGGCUCACGGCAGAGGUCCUGCUCUCCAUCCGCAGCAUCAAGCUGUCCACCGUGCGUAUGACGCCCCUCAAAUGCUUUGUCCUGAGCUCUGUGCUGGCCUGCGCACCCACGAGGUACCACCUGGAGGAGCUGGACCUUUCUUCCUGUCACCUGACCAACGACCUGCUGACCAUGCUGUGGCCCGCCUUCCGCCACACGCACAACCUCAAUCUCCAGUUUAAUAGCCUGGGUCCUGAGUCCUGCAUUCUCCUGCGAGAUCUACUACUUGACCCCAACAGUACUAUUAGAUCUCUACACCUGUGUGAUAAUCCGCUGUUAGAGUCCGGGGCUCGCUGUCUGCUGGACGCCCUGCUAGGGAACCAGUCUCUCAGACAGCUGUCCCUGAUGCACACGGGCAUGGGCGAUAAGGGGGCCUGCGAGCUGGCCGAGAGGCUCAACCAUCACACGGGCCUGCAGGAGGUCAACGUGGCCUACAACAACAUCGGGGACAACGCUGCUCUGACCCUGGUGGACGCCUGCAGAGAGCACCCCAGCAUCCACACUGUGCACUUGUACCUGAAUCCUCUCAGCAAUGUGGGGAAGCAGUCCUUGUACGUGCGAGGAGUCCCGCCGGAUCAAGGCGGCACGGGGCGGCGCGUGAAGGUGCUGGCCUCAGUCACCGAGGGCUCAAACAUAUCGGAGGACUGGCACCCCAUUCUGAGCGUCAUCAGUAAGAACGCCUCGUCCUGGGAGCGCGAACGCGUCAGGGAACAGCUGCAGAUCUUCCUCCGAGACCUGGAGUGGGGUAGGAAGCAGGCACCAAGCUUCUGGAAAAAGAUGCACUUUCGCAGGGUGGAGAAGGGCGUCAGGCAGACGCUGCAGAUGCUUCAGAAGGACAUCCCGACGAGAACCGGUGGGAGUACCAAGUAAUGUUCAAGCCAUGUCUGCGUUUUUUAUUUUUAUCAUGAGCCAUUCAUGAGUAUGUUCCAGUCUUCCAACCAGAGCAUAAACCCAUGUAUCCCAUCGCCUUGAAGAAAUGUAGCAAGUGAGAUGUGGGACAGCCAAAUCUAUGCAAAAUGAACAGAAUAAAAUAUAUGAAAUGGUAUGAAACUGAAAGUGUCCUUUUCAAGACUACGUAGGAAUGUGUUGCAUGAUCAGUUAUGCAGAAUUAUGCACAUAGCCAUAUUUGUUUUGGGCCUCCUUAUGUACCUGUGUGCAAAAUGUGUAGUAUCUUGUAUUUUCUCCUUCUUGUGGCUUGAGGAUGUCUGUUUGUGUUUAAUAAAUAUAUUCAGGCAGGUUUAAAAGGAAA